UCUUUUCUUCUAGUUUUUGUUUCUAUCAAUUUGACAUCAUACAUGGCUACUGAUGGCAGUGAUCUUCAGGUUCCCUUGCGUCAGAAGCAGAGAAAGAAAACUAAAGGUUUUUUCACCAUGAGUCGGAGGAGGAUAUCAUGUAAAGACCUGGGGCACGCUGACUGCCAAGGGUGGCUAUGUAAGAAAAAGGAAAAAGGAACUUUCCUAGGCAACAAAUGGAAAAAGUUCUGGGUGGUCCUGAAGGGAUCAUCACUGUACUGGUACAGCAAUCAAAUGGCAGAGAAAGCUGAUGGAUUUAUCAACCUGCCUGAUUUCACUGUAGAGAGAGCAUCUGAAUGCAAGAAAAAGCAUGCUUUUAAGAUCAGCCAUCCACAGAUCAAGACCUUUUAUUUCGCAGCUGAGAAUGUGCAGGAAAUGAACCUGUGGUUAAACAAAUUUGGAUCAGCUAUAAUCCAUCUUGAAUCCACUACAAAGGAUGAAGAAUGCUACAGUGAGAGUGAACAGGAAGAUCCCGAAAUAGCUGUCGAGACACGACCCCCUCAUUACUCUGCGGAGACUCUCUCUCCUUUGGCUGCCCAGCGGGCAUCUUCGUCUUCACCCAAAUUGAAUGAAACAUCGCGUUCUUUCUCUUCCAUGGAAAACAUAAAAAAGACACCCAGCAGUUUGUCUUCCCUCAUAUCUAGAGAAAGACAGCCCUGGAUGGACGUGGUUGACAGCUCGUCUGCCGCUGAAGACGUCAGACAGUCUGUGACAUGCGCUGUGCAGGCCCGCUCACCUGCACCCUCGGAGGCAAAUGGUCGCAGGGCCCUGGAAACCAGCUUCGCCACAUCAGAAAGUGGAGUGUUGAACUAUUUACCCAGUGAUGACGCUUCUUCACUGAGUAGCAACCCAGAUCAUCUUUGUGUCCCAGACAAGCCGGCUGGAUCAGAGAUGACGGGUAGAGAAGAGACAAAAGUGUCUGAAGAUGAUGAAAUGGAGAAGCUCUACAAAUCGUUAGAGCAAGCUAGUCUAUCUCCUCUUGGGGACCGGCGACCUUCAACCAAAAAGGAGUUGAGAAAGUCCUUUGUCAAGCGGUGCAAAAAUCCAUCCAUAAAUGAGAAGCUCCACAAAAUCCGAACUUUGAAUAGCACAUUAAAGUGUAAAGAACAUGACCUGGCCAUGAUUAACCAGCUGCUGGAUGAUCCGAAGCUGACAGCCAGAAAAUACAGGGAGUGGAAGGUCAUGAACACCCUGCUCAUCCAGGAUAUCUACCAGCAGCAUCAACAGCAGAGGACCCCAACGUCUACUCCUGAAGGCUCCCUCCAGGGACUCGAGAAACCACCUUCCUCUGCCUGCAUUGAAAAUUCUAUUUGA